GGGAGGAGGAGUGAAUCAGAAAGACAAUAGAGUGUGUGUAUACGAGCUAAUGCCGUCAUGGCUCCUUGGACAAGGACCAGUACGGAGAGGUAUGGUGUAGUAAAAUGGAAUUUUGUCGGCCAAGGAGAGAAACAGCUUUCCCUUGAGGUAGGAGAGACUGUGUACAUCCAGGAGACCUGUGAUGGAUGGUACAAAGGCUAUCUGGCCAGGAACAAGGCCCGAAAGGGAGCAUUCCCUGCCAGUUUUGUCCAGCUGAAGGAAGUCAUCGUUGAAAAACGAGGAGAUGAAGAGGUGGUGAUGUCUGCAGAGAUGCCCCUGGUAAAGGAGGUGACCACAACACUGAGGGAGUGGGGGACCAUAUGGAAGCAGCUCUUUGUGCUCAAUAAAGAGACACGUGUGAAGCAGGUCCAGAGGCUCAUGUGGGAGCUGAUAGAGUGGCGUUCGCAGCUUCUCUCUGGCACCUUGCCUAAUGACGAGUUUAAAGAGCUCAAACAGAAAGUCACCUCCAAGAUUGACUAUGGAAACAAGAUUCUGGAGCUGGACCAGGUGGUUCGGGACAUGGAUGGGAACAUCCUGGAGCCCGAGCGGGCCAGUGUCAUCAGCCUCUUCCGGGCCCACGAGGACGCCACAGCCAAAAUCAAUGAACGCAUCAAAGAGGAGCAGUUCAACGUCCAGACAGACCACUCGGGGAUCUCGGCCCGGAUCCAGUCCUCUCCCACCCACAGCCUCUACGUCUUUGUCAGGAACUUUGUCUGUCGCAUUGGAGAGGACUCCGAGCUCUUCAUGUCCCUCUAUGACCCCAUUAAACAGACCAUCAUCAGUGAGAACUACCUGGUGCGCUGGGGCAGCAAAGGCUUCCCCAAGGAGAUCGACAUGCUCAACAACCUGAAGGUUGUCUUUACAGACUUGGGGAACAAAGACCUGAGCAGGGAGAAGAUUUAUCUGAUUUGUCAGAUAGUGAGGGUGGGCAGGAUGGACCUGAAGGAGACCCACAGCAAAAAGUUCACUCUUGGCCUGAGGCGGCCUUUUGGGGUGGCAGUGAUGGACAUCAGCGAUAUCAUCAAAGGAAAGGUGGAGUGUGACGAGGAGAAGCAGUACUUCAUUCCCUUCUGUCCGGUGGUGGCUGAGAACGACUUCCUCCACACCUUGCUGAACAAAGUGACGACAUCUCGUGGAGACAGUGGAGGCCAAGGUCUGUGGGUGACCCUGAAGGCACUGGUAGGGGACAUUGUUCAGAUCCGUAAGGAAUACCCUCACCUGGUGGAUCGCAGCACAGUCGUAGCCCGCAAGCUAGGCUUUCCCGAGAUCAUCAUGCCAGGAGAUGUUCGCAAUGACAUCUACCUCACCCUGCAGGGCGGUGACUUUGACAAGUACAACAAGACCACGCAGAAGAAUGUGGAGGUCAUCAUGUGGGUGUGUGACGAGGAGGGCAAGGCUAUACAGAACUCCAUCUGUCUGGGAGCAGGGGAUAAGGCAGUCAAUGAGUAUCGAUCUGUCAUCUACUACCAAAUUAAACAGCCUCGCUGGAUGGAGACAUUUAAGGUGGCAAUCCCUCUGGAAGAAAUGCAGAGAAUUCAUUUACGCUUCAUGUUCAGACACCGCUCAUCCCAGGAGUCCAAGGAUAAGAGCGAGAAGAACUUUGCCAUGGCUUUCGUGCGUCUCAUGAAGGAGGAUGGGACGGUUCUUCAGGAUGGACUGCACGACCUCGUGGUCUUCAAGGGUGACAGUAAGCGCAUGGAGGAUGUGAACUGCUACUUAUCUCUGCCCUCCACCCGCCACCAUCACGGCGACCUCCACAAGGGGGCGGCGCUGAGCCGCAGCUCCAGUAGUGUUAGUGGGAGCGGGGGAGGCCUGUCAGUCAGCUCCAGGGACAGCUUCACCAUCUCAACCCUGGUCUGCUCCACCAAGCUCACCCAGAAUGUGGGCCUGCUGGGACUGCUCAAGUGGAGAACUCGCCCUGAACUCCUCAAAGAAAACCUGGAGAAGCUCAAAAUCAUCGAUGGAGAGGAGGUGGUCAAGUUUCUGCAGGACACGCUGGAUGCCCUGUUCAACAUCAUGAUGGAGCACUCUCAGACUGAUGACUAUGACAUCCUUGUCUUCGAUGCCCUGAUCUACAUCAUCGGUCUGAUCGCUGACAGAAAGUUCCAGCAUUUCAACACAGUGUUGGAGGCCUACAUCAAGCAGCACUUCAGCGCCACACUGGCCUACAAGAAGCUGAUGUCAGUGUUGAAAAGGUACCUGGAUGUGUCCAGCCGAGGGGAACAGUGCGAGAACAUCCUUCGCACCCUCAAAGCCCUCGAGUACAUCUUCAAGUUCAUCGUUCGCUCACGCAUGCUCUACUCCCAGCUGUAUGAGGGGAAGGAACAGGCGGAGUUUGAGGAGUCACUGAGGAGGCUGUUUGAGUCCAUCAACAGCUUGAUGAGGACUGACUACACCACCACUCUGCUGCUCAGAGUUGCUGCGCUGAAGUACCUCCCGACAGUCUUACAUGAUGUUGAGAAAGUGUUUGAUGCCAAACUCCUCAGUGAGUUGCUGCACGACUUCUACACCUGUAUCCCUCCUGAAAAACUCCAGAAACAGAAGGUGGCCUCCAUGACUGAGAUUGUCAGCAGUCAACUCUUCCAGAGACAAGAGUGCCGUGAUGUGCUGUUACCCAUGAUGCUGCGGGAGCUGAGCGGGGCGCUGGCCAGUAUGGCCGACGGGCCUCAUGAUGAGAGGAGGAACAGCCUGGAGCUACUCAACAACAUCCUGGAGGUCCUGAGCAGGGAUAAUGUGGGGGCAACAUUUCAACAUAUCCAGGACAUUGCCGUGUCUCUGCUGAGGAUCAUCAACCAGACAGUCAUCACUAUGGGUCGAGAGCACGCCCUCAUUUCCAGGGUGGUGGCCUGCAUGACAGCUAUUCUCAGUCAGAUGGAUGACCGUCACUACUCCUUAUACAUAGAAACCUUCACUGGCACUACUGAUCUUGUGGACUUCCUGAUGGAGACCUUCCUGCUCUUUAAAGACCUGAUUGGAAAACAUGUCUAUCCCUCCGACUGGAUGGCCAUGAUCAUGGUGCAGAACAGAGUGUUCCUGAGAGCCAUCAAUAUAUAUGCUGAUACUAUGAACCGCAAGUUCCUCAAUAACGACGACUUUGAAGUGCAGUUGUGGAAUAACUAUUUCCACUUGGCGGUGGCGUUUAUUACCCAGGAGUCUUUGCAGCUUCAGCAUUUCUCGCCGACCAAGAGGAACAAGAUCCUAGCCAAGUAUGGAGAUAUGAGGAGACUCAUUGGUUUUGCCAUACGUGACAUGUGGUACAAACUUGGCAGCCAUAAGAUCUGUUUCAUCCCUGGCAUGGUGGGUCCCAUCCUAGAGAUGACUUUGAUCCCAGAGGAGGAGCUGAGGAGAGCCACCAUUCCCAUCUUCUUUGACAUGAUCACCUGUGAACACACACACUCUGGAAACUUCCACAAGUUUGAGAAUGAGAUCAUCCUGAAGUUGGACCAUGAGGUGGAAGGUGGAGGAGGGGAUGAGCGAUACAUGCAACUGCUGGAAAGCAUCCUGCUGGAGUGUGCUGCUGAGAAGCCGUUGCUGAAGACUGAGGUGGAGCACUUUGUCACCCUGGUGAAGGGACUCCUUGUCCGUCUCCUUGACUACCGCACUGUGAUGAGUGACGACAGCCGCAACAACCGCAUGAGCUGUACCGUCAAUCUUCUGAACUUUUACAAAGACAUCAAUCGUGAAGGGAUGUACAUCAGGUACCUCUACAAGCUGAGGGACCUUCAUCUGGAUGGAGAGAACUACACAGAGGCAGCAUAUACCUUGCUGCUCCAUUCUCGCCUGCUUAAGUGGUCAGAUGACGGUUGCAGCCCUCAGUUCGAGUUUCAUGGCUCCCAAACCCAGAGGCAGCUCAAAGAAACACUCUACGACACCAUCAUCGACUACUUUGACAAGGGCAAGAUGUGGGAGGAGGCCAUUACUCUGUGUAAGGAGCUGGCUGAGCAAUAUGAGAACGAGAUCUUUGACUAUGAGUUACUCAGCAAGAGACUGGAGAAGCAGGCUAAGUUCUAUGAGAACAUUAUGAAGAUCUUGAGGCCUAAGCCAGACUACUUUGCAGUUGGUUACUAUGGACAGGGCUACCCUCCUUUUCUCAGGAACAAGGUGUUUAUCCAUCGUGGUAAGGAGUAUGAGCGCAGGGAGGACUUCCAGAACCAGCUGAUGAGCCAGUUCCCCAGUGCUGUGCGCCUCAACACCACCACCAUGCCAGGGGACGAGAUCAGGAACUCCCCGCUGCAGUAUAUCCAGUGUUUCACCGUGCAGCCUGUCCUCGAGAUCCCUCCUCGUCUGAAGAACAAACCUGUCCCCGACCAGAUCAUCAACUUCUACAAGUCCAACUAUGUGCAGCGUUUCCACUACUCCAGACCUGUGAGGAAAGGACCUGUGGACCCCAACAAUGAGUUUGCUUCUAUGUGGAUUGAGCGCACAACCUUCACCACUGUCUACAAGCUUCCAGGGAUCCUGCGCUGGUUUGAGGCCACUGACAUGAAGCAUACCACCCUGUCUCCACUGGAGAACGCCAUAGAGACCAUGGAAUCCACCAAUGAGAAGAUUCUGACCAUGAUCAACCAAUACCAGGCUGACUUGAGCCUUCCCAUCAACCCCCUCUCCAUGCUGCUCAAUGGCAUCGUGGACCCAGCUGUCAUGGGCGGCUUUGCCAAGUAUGAAAAGGCGUUCUUCACCGAGGAGUAUGCUCUGCAGCACCCAGAAGACAGAGAUAAACUGCUGCGCCUCAAAGAUCUCAUUGCAUGGCAGAUCCCAUUACUAGGCGGAGGGAUUGCCCUCCACGGGAAGAGAGUGACCGAUGACCUGCGUCCUUUCCAUGAGCGCAUGGAGGAGUGCUUCAAACAGUUGAAGAAAAAAGUGGAGAAGGAAUACGGAGUGAGAGAACUGCCGGACAUGGACGAGAGGAAGUCCACUCGUCCUCGUUCCAUGCUGCGCUCCAUCCGUCAGUCCAUCAUCUCCAGCUCCUCACUGCAGAGCUCUGAAUGUGGGACUCCAACCAGGCUCUACUCAGACAGGGACUUCCCCCCUGAAUCCCCAGCCCCCCGGACCCCGACCCUGCCACGCUCCAGCGGCAGCUUGAGUGUGAGCGCGAUGGAGGAGGUGAUGAUGGUGGGAGACAGCGAGGUCAGACUCAGGAAGAGUAAGAAGAAAAAGAAGAGGAGCAGCAUGAUUUUCAUCAGCGAGGAGAGAGAGAGGACAAGCACACUGGAUUGCAAACGGCUGUCAAAGAAGCAGGAGUUCCGCAGUGACACCAACCUCUCCGAGCCAAAUGAAGAAAGUGUCAUUUUGACCAAUGUCAACUCCAGAUCCCUGCCUGCUAUUACAGGCCUGUCCUUGUCAGUGGUGGGUGGGGCAGAAGAGACAGACAUCACCAGAGCCAGGAGAGACAGCAAGAGCAUGCCUGUCUGUCCGAAUUCUGAUCGAACCGCAGACAGGCGCUCAAAGGGCGUCAUCAACCUCCUCUUCAAGACCAAGAGCUCCAAAUCAGAGGAUGUGAAGCCUGGUGAUCCAGCCAAAGAAAGUGCCAAUCAUUUCUGAUAUUCACUGUUGACACAUCUUAUUUAAUCUCAGUGACUCACUAGUCUACUCAUUCACUUAUUCUCCCAGCCUCUCAGUGUCAGGAUUACUUUUGCCUUAAUAUAAUUGACUUUUUCCUAUCAAUAGCAGCUAUUUUUGACGACUGACCUUUUUGCAGUGAUUGAAAUGCUUCUCAAUAAAGCUAAAUGCCACCUA